GCCCGACGAACGGUGUCGUCGUUUUCGCGUCGCGAUAAUACAAAACUCGCGAAACUACGGUAGUGCGUGUGUCGCCGGCGGUCGGGCAUCCACCAAAACGUCGUAAUCGUAGUGAUCGUCUCGUCUGAGAUAGGAGGACGUCGAAGAGUUCGACAUGAGCCUGGAGACGCUCCUUGAGGCGGCGCGGUACGUCGAGUUGCAGGAGAAGAAGAGAGAACGCGUCGCAAGCUCGUCCUCGGACCACGCCAGUCCCCACUUUCACCAUCUUGCAUCGAGCGAGUCACGUGGUAUCAAGGUCAAAAGAGAACGAUCCGAGCUCGAUGACCUCUUCUGCGAAGAAAAAAUGCUCAUCAUCGAUGCUGCCGCGGCUCGCACCGGCAUGAAUUUGGGAAAGACGUCGACAUCACCUUGCGAGGCAAACAACAACCUCGGCGGCCUACGGGACGCUAAUUAUAAUAGUACGACGUCGACGAGCGACGUCGUCGGGAUAAUAAGCGUCGACGACUCUGUACGCUGGAUGCCACCGCCGCCAAAGAAGAAAUGGAUACGGCAUUACCUUUUGGAGGAGGAGCCGGUGGAGAACAGCAGAACAAACGGAAACCACUAUGGGAUACAACGAGCUAGUCCCGUCGGCUCGAGUUCCCGGGGGACACCGCCGACCUCCGGACAUCUAACGACGCUCCACACCUCACAACAGCAUCACAACAAUCACAACAAUUCCCACAAUCAUUACACAGAUAAUCACAAUUCGAAUCAUUCGAAUCACUCGUACGGCGGGGGGCCACCACUUGUUGUUGAUUUGGAAGCCAGCAACGAUAGCAAACGACACCGGAACGGGCCAUGUGUGAUCCGGUCUGGGACGAGAGAGGUCCACAACAAGUUGGAGAAAAACCGUAGGGCGCACCUCAAGGAGUGCUUCGAACUCCUCAAGGGACAGCUGCCCGUCCAGGAUGAGAAAAAGUCCUCGAAUUUGUCCAUCCUUCACGCAGCCAUCCGACACAUACAGACGCUGAGAAGAAAAGAACGGGACUAUGAGCAUGAAAUGGAGAGGUUGGCGAGAGAGAAAAUAGCAGCUCAACAGAGGCUAGUUGGCCUUAAAAAGGAAUUGGCUGCCACCUGGGAUCACAUCGACUUCAAUACAAUGCUUCCAGAAUCAAGUACUAACUUAGAUGUCACUGCAACUAAGAAUGUUUCAGAAAGUAUGGACGUGGAUGUCAUUAGUCUAGCGAGAGGUGGCACCAGGUAUAGCAGCACAAGUAGUUUGAGCAGUGCAGCAACGGCAAGUUCUCCACAGAACCUUCAAAGUACUCACUCAAAUGCUACUGUUCAUAAUCAAGUCGCAACUGCUGCUGUUGUAUCGCAGACUCAGGGUCUAAAUCUUGCUCAGAGCUCUAGAGAUAGUCCCCCGGCUAGUUCUAGCCCUGGAGCAUCUACGCCUAGCAUUCCCACUCCAGCUCAGGAGAAAGUCAAUUCUCCCCCUACUAUUGUACAGCAGUCGCAUCAGCUGCACUUACCGAUAAGUGCUCAAAUGUUGAACACCAGUCAAGGCCUGGCCACGAUUGUUAGUCCAACCCUUCAGCAUCUUGGUCCAGGUCUGCGAGUGAUUCCUGGUGACACGAGACAACUUUUGGUUACUCAUACAACAGGAAACAAUGAAACGCGACCUUUAACUCUGGCUGUGCAAAACUCAUCUGAUCAGUCACGACCAUUGAUUGCUGUUCAGUCAAAUAAUGGAAGCGAACCAAGGCCUGUUGCCUUGGUUGUUCAUUCUUCGGCGGCAAAUGAUAACAGAGUUACAUUUGUGCAUUCCCAUCUCUCCAAUAAUGACAGGCCUCUGGCAGUCGCUGUUCACUCAACAGCAAACGAAGUCAGGCCAGUUACCUUUGUUCAUUCUGGAAGUGAGGGCAGACCGCUAGUUCUUGCCACACACUCUCCUGCAUUGAACACUACUAGUGGUCAAGCAAGAAUAAGAACAGGCGAUCCACAGACGACACAAGCUAUCCACAAGAUGGUGGGUGGCGUCACCCUCGUUGGGGGUCACGGUUCAGAACUGACAAGACUCCCGGGCGGAGCAGAAUUGAAUAUUCUACCUGCGAAUGGCCUGACACUGAGUCAUGCAGGGGUGUCGCUCCAAACAACAACGGCAAAACCUGGAACUACCGUAAUGCAGAGCACUCCGUCCACAGAGGGUAUAGCUCACAUGGUUACUCCCUUGGGGAACCAGCAUACCCCCUUAUCUGGCUUGACGCCUCUCGUGACUCCAGUGACUGUAGUGUCGCAGGGAAAUCAAGUAACUGCUCAUAUACUGGCGCCUUCUAAUCUUGCCGGUAAAAUGAUCACAACCCCGAUACUGAAGUCAGUUGGUCAGAUGCCACUCGUAAAUGCGCAAUACCUCAAUACGGCCACUUUGGUGAAACCGGUCGUUGUUGUUAGUUCACCGUCGACCACAGCCUCGACGACUGCUUUGAAUUCGCUACCUACCUCAACAACACGCUCUAAUGUCUGACAGAAUAAAUUUAGUAAUAAUAUCACGUGAGGCAUGGUGAAUAUAAAUGCGAUUACGUACGUUUUGUCGUAUGAAGUAGAAAAACGGAAAUAUCAACGAACGUGCACAGACAUUUCGAUCAUGGGGAGGUUUGGCUAUCCAGGGCAGAAUAUUGAGAUCAUUUCUCAAAUCGUCCUUGCAUGGAAUCUCUACAUUCUCAAGGACAGUAUUUAUUCAAAAUUCUGUACACCUAGCAAAUAAGUGGAAGAUAUUGGAAGUUACAAGAACAGGUGUUGAUAACAACUCUGGGAUUUAUGAACACUAUUGACAUACUUGGUAUUUUGGAAGACAGGCAUUGGGAUAUUAUUUCCGUGGAAUAAUCCAAGCCUGAAACAUCUACAUUCUCAAGGGCUGUAUUUAUUUAGAAUUUAUUAUUAUUAUGUUUUCUUCUCACUUCUUCCUAAAUUUUCCUAGAACCAAGGCAGCCAACACUGCAAACUUUCGUUCAACCUAUUGAAAUAUUAAAAUAUGUUGACGAGUCCAUCACCAUCUCUUUAAAUUGUUAUUUAUUGAAUUAAUAGGCGUGCUACUGCUAUGUGUAGGAUUUGAUAUAGCCAAAGAUUUUAUGUAGGUGGGUUUGAGGAAUUGGAUUGCUAAUCAUGCAAUCUUCUAGUUCUUACGUAACCGGGGCUUUCUACUUGUGAGUAUAUGGAAAUCAGCAUAAUAAUUACAUAAUAUAAAUAUAUAGUAUCAUAUAAAUAUAAAAUUGAAAAUUCUCACUUUGUUUAGAGCUAUAGGAUUGCAUGAACAUGUUUGAACAUGUCCUUCCUGUGCAUAAAAACCAAGGAUUCACAAUUUAUUGCUAUACACAGGGGUUGAAAUUACUCUUGAUCAGAAUAGCGGAAACAAGCAAGGUUUAUUAAAACUAAGACUAUCAUCGCAAUUGCUAUAAUUCAUUAUUUCCUAUGGGGUGUAUAGAGCUAAUAUUUGAAACGUAAAUUAUAUGGAGAUGUGCAGCACAGAGUUCAAAUGCUUGAAUGAUAAUGAAGACAUACCAUGACGUAGCAAUGUAAAUAUGUACAUUUGAGAAAGACUAUGAAUAUCUAUAUUCUAAAUUAUAGUCAAAGUUCAAAGCUGCUAUCAAGUGAAUAAAUGUGUCAAUGUUUUUUUCUCGUCAUAUUUUUGUUGAUAUUGUCCUUUCUUAAUGUGUAGGGCUACAUAUUAAAAUGUUAAAUUAUAGGUCAAUUCUCCAGACCCUCAACUCUUAACGGUUGAACACUUGACUUUAGGCGAAAAAACUUUGAUUUACUUGAUUGUAAAUAAAUAAAUAUAUAAAUAUAUCCUUAAAUCGGUAUGGUCUAAAAAGUAGGCAGAUUAAUGAAAAGACCUCGAGGUUUCAAUCUCUGUUUAUACUUGGCAGAUCUUUCUGUUAUCAAAGUAAAGCAUGCUCGGUAUUUUAUUAACCUACGUAAAAUCUUUGUUAUGGUGAGAGAGAAUCUAAAUGUCUGAUGGCUCAUUGGUUAUUCUGUGACGAAUCAGUGAUAUGGAAAUAUAUAGUUGGAACGUUUUGUAGUUACUAAAGAAAAUACUCUUAAUAAGAUGUAUGCAAUGUAAAACAUUUCACACCACUUUGGUGUCAGAAUUUUUAUUGAAUUUGAGAGCGUUGUUCGCGCGUCAGAAGUAAAUGAAUGAAUCCUGAAAUUUUGAGAAAAGAAAUGCAAUGGGUAUCACCUAAAAUUCUCCGUAUUCUUACUUCAACUAGUUAUUUCUUGAAAAAUAUGCACGCUCUCAAUUGCUGAUGAAUUGUAUGCGUUGAUCUACAUACAUCCCACUGGGGAUGGUCUUUUACUGACAAUCAACCAAAUGCAGGAUUGCAUCUGUUAAUAAGUUUCUUUCCGAGGAACUGCCUUCAACUACGUAAAUAAAAGAACAUGUUCCGAAAUUGCAGAUUCCUCGUUAUUUCUGUAAUAGUGUUUUUUUUGCUCUUUACCGUACUGUUGCAUGAACACCCAGUGUCAACAGUUGUUAACUUAAUUUGCGAUUGCUAUCAUCUCUGUACUUGGCAUAAUUUAUUUUUUUUUAAACACAACUGUGCUCAUAACAUUACCUGUUUGAUGUGGCUUAUGGCUACAUCUAUCAUAUCGGUAUUUGGAGCAUGAUCAGUUUUGAAUAUUGUAUAAUGUAUAGAGAUUUUUCAAAAACAUGGUUCAUUUUUAAAAAGAAUAUUAACAAUUAUUAUGAUAUAAAUAUGAUUGCAAAGUAUCCAUGAGUUUCUGUUCAUUUGGAAAAGAAAAUGUUGAUGUGGUUUGAUUGUUAGUAAAAUAUUACCUGUUGCUGCAAUAUUUUAAAAUUUGUUGCCACAAACUGGCACCACUGGUUUGAUCGAGAAUACAAUGAGCCUAUACUACAUAUGAUAAAGUACUUUGUUGAUAACUGAAUGCCUAGCAACGGAAAGAUGGUUUAUCCAUUUGUCAAUUUGUAUAAUUUAACGAAAUUUAAAAUUCGAACUCGUUUGCGUACGUGAGAUCAGGUCACUGUAUUACAUCGAUUGUUUGGAAAAUGAGCUGGGUUAAAUAACGACUUGUUCGUCAAAAGUGUUUCUAAAUAUUAUAUCAUGUAUAAUAAUACAGAAUCGUAUGUAAUGACCUGACUGUAGAAACUAAUCGAGUUAAUCACUUUCAUAAAGUGUUGUAAACGGACUUUGCAAUAUAAUUUUCGAGACAAUAGCUGUGCUUAUCACCGUAAGCGACCUCAAGGAAUAGAAAUAACAAAAAGAUUCUGAUUUGAUUUGUGACCAAUCCGAUUGGUUUGUUCCUUCGAACAAUAAAACUAUAGGAGGUUGCUCCAUGUGUUGAAUGCAGCUAAUACAUUAAACACCAGCCGCUUGAUCAAGAUAUUUUGUCACAUUUUUAUGUCAAUUCAUGCCUUGUGCGCUAUUUUUCUUAUUUACUAACGAAUACGAAAUCCAAUAUACCACUUUGGUAAAUCGAAUGGCUUCUGUGUAUACAUAUCUAUGCUUAGUUUUCUUUCAUCAUUAAAUUAAACUAAUUUCUUAUAUUCUCAUUUCUUGACAAAUUCAAUUUCACCUUAUGCUUUUUAUAUAUACCAUAUAUGGACUGAUUUUGGCACGUUUUGAACGAAAAGGUUGUCAUAUUCUCGGCAUGUGUGAUUGUUGGCAGUUCUGCCAAUGUCAACUUUCGUAUACUAGUAUUAAACAUGCGUAUUGUACCUUUUUCUUUUUUUGUUUUUCCUUUUUAUUAAAUUAUUUUUUAUUAUUGUAAAUCUACAGUGUGAUUUUAUAUCUUCCAGUAAAGUCAACUUACUGGCAAUUGUACAGUCUUGUCAUACCGGCAUUUAAAAUAAUCGGUGCCGCAAAAUGGCUAUUCGUAGUCCACCUUCACGCAUAUCUCAUAUGUACAGGGUGUCUAUGAUAAAUAAGGACGAUUUAGGGUUUGUAUGGUUUACCAAAUUCUCACUUGCACAUUUAUAUAGACUGUGGAUAGUAUAUGUCAUCAUUGUCUUUUACAAAGUUCGUAGUGGUUUAUUUUUUCUUAGUUGUCAAAUCAUUUCACAUCCAUAAUAUUAUUCAUAAAUAUCCGGUUUUCUUUCGAAACGAAAUGCUGUUUAUCAAUUUAGAAGAAACAAAAAUGGCAAAUAGCCUAUUCUCGUUUGCUAUCAUUUUUUAUACAGCGUAUAUAUACGUACAUAUGAAAUCAUUGUUCAUUUUAUGCUAACAUGUAUGUAAAAUUAAUUGCUUUUGCUGUGCUCAUGUCUGCUGCAAGCGAGAAUACGCACUACGUAGUUAUCUAAGAUCUCAGUUUUGACAGCAAUCAUAUGUCAAAGAAAGUCGCAAACUGAUAAUAUCAGAAUUAAAUCAACAUCAUUAUAAGCUAUUAUUGUUACAUGCAAUUAAUGUUAAAUUGCCUAAUCAUUGAAAUAGGUUUAAAAAUAAAGUGGUACACUAUAAUAACAGAUGAACUGUUUAAAAAAGUGGUAAAAAACAAAUAAAUACGGGAAAGAAAAUGAAUCUUCUAAAUACGCGAGGCAACCGAGAUUUAAUAGUGGGUUGGGUACGGGUUGAACGAGAAGGAAGGGAGAGUGUACACGAACAAUGUGAUAUAAGUAAUUAAUAAAAUUAAUUAACAAACGUAAUAAUUAAGGGAAAUAAAAAUUGUUUCCGUUGUAGGCAUCCGCCGUUAAUUAUAUUAUCCAACUAACAUCUCAAAAACAAAAAUAAAGUGAAAACAAAACGAAAAAAAAAACAUAAUUACCAUAAUUGUACAUAGUAUACAAAACAAAUGAAUCAUGAAAUAUAAUUAUAUU